AUGGAGUCCAAUCAUAAAUUUCUAGCCAAAAAAAUAUCUCUUUGUAAAAAGAGACGGAAGGAUCUGACAAAGGCUUUAGAGCGAAGGUGUGCCCUUAUGAAACAACAGCUGAAGUUUAAUCGCUGUCACCAAGAAGUAGCCGAUGCCAUAAUGGCGUUCAUCAAGGAACAGAAUCCCUCUCCCUCUGAAACCCCGGAAGCUAGAGGCGAACUAGUUGAAUUUUCGAUUAUGGAGAAUGCUGAUGAGGGUGGUUUGAUCACAAGGAGACAAGGGAAUAAUGAUGUGCCAGAAAGGAGGGACGUCUCGCAAUUCUUGAAGGCAUUGGAAGAGGUCAAAGAACUUUUUCGUAACUCCCAUGAGUCUGGUAAGGAUGUCUCAAAGAAGUUGGAGACAGACAGUAUUGGAAUCAAAGCUGAAUCAUCACUACCUUCGAAACUGGUCAGGUCACUGUCAAGAAGCAGCUCUAGAGUUGGUUGUUCAACCUUUUAUGGUUCUGAAAUAAUGGGUGAAACCCUAGGAGCACUGAGGCGUUGGGAGGAGAAACUCUAUCAUGAACUGAAGACGAUCAAAAAGGCCGAACCCAAGAGGCAGAAACCCGAAGAUUCCAGCAGCGAAAACCAUCCUAAUUCAGAAACCGAGAUGAAAAUAAUGUCGAAUGUGAAAUGUAAAGUUGCCAAAAGGGCCGCUGAUAAUGACUCCGAAGAGAUUACAAGAUUGAGAAAGGAAUGUUUGCUUCCCAAACUUGGUGAGCAGCUAGAUGGGUUGGCGGGAAACUGGAAAGCAAUGUCAGAGUUUCAUGAAAGCCAAAAAAAGAUUAUGUCUCAAGUAAGAGAAUCUCCCAACCAUCCAUUACUCUGCGAAGAUGAGCACCAAAAAGCUACCAAAAAGCUCAAAGCACAGCUUUGCAAUUGGCUCGACUGCUUUAAGUCCUACGUUUCUCUACAAAAGAAAUACAUGGAAUCUCUUUGUUGGUGGCUCUUUCAUAACGACAAACCAAUAAUACUCGGAGACAAUGAUGGUGAUUGGUUGAUUAACCUGAAAAAUCUGGAAAGUAAUACAAAGGAGGUGACUACUGAGAUGAAAAGGUUCCAGAAAGAUGUUGCAGCCCUAUUAGGCCAACAAGGGAAGGAGCAUGACCAAAAGAGGGAGGUCAAGCGACUUGAGAGCCGACUCGAGAUUAAGAAGCGGAUGAUUAAUCCUGUGAACGAGAAGCAAACCUUGGAGGAGAUUGAGAAGUUAAAGGAGAGGAUCGAGAGAACUAAAGAGACGCAUCGAAGUAAAAUGCAGGAGACGCAGCAAAUGGUGAAUCAAUUUCAGACAGGGUUCUCUGAUGUUUUCAAAAAGCUAGCGGAUUUUUCAAGAAAAGCUAACGAAAUCUAUACCGAGCUUAUCAAACACCUGCCAAAAACCCAUCUGGACACGCAAACAUAA